CUUCUCAAUACAAUUACUUUCGUCUGUAGUAGGGGAGAGACGCCGUUCCCCGCCAGGGCGGGAGAUCUUGUGGUAGUUACCAUCGAGGACCGCUGCUGUCCUUGCAGUCGCUACUGUUUUUCCUUCCGCUCGUUUAAAUCUGAAGUAUUCGUAUCUAAAAUGUAUGUAAUCAGCAGUUUUACCCUCAAGCCUGACUGCAUGAUGGGCGGUGAACAACUUUGCCCACUAGGAGCGCUUCGUCGACGGCGUAGGCGAUCGAACAACCUUUCCGCGAUUUUUUUCCUCUUCGCAAGAAGCGGGCCUGGUUUUUGUAACUUUUUGUGGCUGCAACAAGCUCGGAGCACCACCACGACAGCAUCCAGUUCAUCUUCAUCGUCUGAAGUUGUACAACCGGCUACUCCGCCGCCGGCGAAGAACUUAUUUUUCGAACAGCAAGAAGUAGAGCUCGAGCACGACGCGCAGCCGGACUUUGUCUCGUCUUCGUUCCUGCGAGAAGAGGACGCCGGCGCAGAUGAGCUGCGACAGGUGCCACAAAAAGCAGUCCAGAAAACAAGCACGACCGCUGCAGGAUAUGAAACUACUGCUCCCCAGGCAAUGGUAGAUCACAACGACCUCCCGGAAAGUAGAACGGACACUUUUACAUUUGAUAUGAAGGGCGGCGAGCAGGCGGGCAUGAAAUUCCAGGACAGUGUCAAGAUCGCCUCGAACCUGGCCAAUGUCGGCGACGCCAAGAUAUCCUGA